CACAAGCGUGUGUGGGUUUUACCUGACAUUGCGUCCCCAGGAGCUUCGCUGCUCAGAGUUUCCUGUGGCCUAUGGGGGUCUUCGAGUAGUUCCCGAGUCAGCGGGCAGCAGCAGCCCGACAAGAGCCCCUCGCUCCUUGGGGCCUACGGCCGGCUCUGUGUCGGCAAGAUGAGUACCAACCCUUCCUCUCCUUUUGACCCUGAGCGUCGAGUCCGGAGCACGUUGAAGAAGGUCUUUGGGUUUGACUCUUUUAAGACGCCUUUGCAGGAGAGGGCGACCAUGGCUGUAGUGAAAGGUGACAAGGAUGUCUUUGUGUGCAUGCCCACGGGGGCAGGAAAAUCCCUCUGCUAUCAGCUCCCUGCUCUGUUGGCCAAAGGCAUCACCAUCGUGAUCUCGCCUCUCAUUGCUUUGAUUCAGGACCAGGUGGACCACUUGCUGGCCCUGAAGGUCCCAGUGAGUUCCCUGAACUCGAAGCUCUCAGCACAGGAGAAGGAGGAGCUGCUCUCUGACCUGGAGCAAGAAAAGCCCCGGACCAAGCUUCUGUACAUCACGCCGGAGAUGGCGGCUUCUGCCUCCUUCCAGCCCACCCUGAACUCCCUGGUGUCCCGCCACCUGCUCUCCUACCUGGUGGUAGAUGAAGCUCAUUGUGUUUCCCAGUGGGGGCACGACUUUCGUCCUGACUACUUGCGUCUGGGAGCCUUGCGCUCCUGCCUGGCACACGCCCCGUGUGUGGCUCUGACUGCCACAGCCACCCCGCAGGUCCGAGAGGAUGUGUUUGCUGCCCUGCAUCUGAAGCAGCCAGUCGCUACCUUUAAGACUCCCUGCUUCCGGGCCAACCUCUUCUAUGAUGUGCAGUUCAAGGAACUGCUUUCUGAUCCCUACGGGAACCUGAGGGACUUCUGCCUUAAGGCUCUUGGACAGAAGGCUGAUAAAGGGUUGUUGUCCGGCUGCGGCAUUGUCUACUGCAGGACCAGGGAGGCCUGUGAACAGCUGGCCAUGGAGCUCAGUUACAGGGGCGUGAACGCCAAGGCAUACCAUGCAGGGCUGAAGGCUCCUGAAAGAACACUGGUGCAGAACGAGUGGAUGGAAGAGAAGGUCCCUGUAAUAGUUGCGACCAUUAGUUUUGGGAUGGGAGUGGACAAAGCCAAUGUCAGGUUUGUCGCCCACUGGAAUAUUGCCAAGUCUAUGGCUGGGUACUACCAGGAGUCUGGCCGGGCGGGCAGAGACGGAAAGCCUUCCUGGUGCCGUCUCUAUUACUCCAGGAAUGACCGGGACCAAGUCAGCUUCCUGAUCCGGAAGGAAGUAGCAAAACUCCAGGAAAAGAGAGGGAACAAAGCAUCCGAUAAAGCUGCUGUCUUGGCCUUUGAUGCCCUGGUGGCCUUCUGUGAAGAAUCGGGGUGCCGCCAUGCUGCCAUUGCCAAGUACUUCGGGGAUGCGCCCCCUGCCUGCACCAAAGGCUGUGACCACUGCCAGAACCCUGCAGCCGUGCGGAAGCAGCUGGACGCUUUGGAGCAAAGAAGCAGCUGGAGCAAGACCUGCAUUGGGCCCUCCCAGGGGAACGGCUUUGACCCCGAGCUGUAUGAGGGAGGCCGCAGGGGUUAUGGGGGCUUUAGCAGGUACGACGAAGGUUCCGGAGGCAGCGGGGAUGAGGGCAGAGACGAGGCCCACAAGCGGGAAUGGAAUCUCUUCUACCAGAAGCAGAUGCGCCUGCGCAAGGGCAAAGACCCCAAGAUAGAAGAAUUCGUACCCCCAGAUGAGGACUGUCCCCUGAAAGAGGCUUCUAGUAGGAAGAUCCCCAAGCUCACUGUGAAGGCGCGCGAGCACUGCCUGGGGCUCCUGGAGGAGGCUCUGAGCAGCAACCGCCAGGCCGCAGGUUCCACCGAGGGACCUGACCUGCAGGCCAAAGCGGUGGAGCUGGAACACGAGACAUUCCGAAAUGCCAAGGUGGCCAACCUGUACAAGGCCAGCGUGCUGAAGAAGGUGGCUGAGAUCCACAAAGCCUCCAAGGAUGGGCAGCUGUACCAUGUGGGAGGCUGUGCCAACAGCUGCAGCGCCCCGGCUGAGCCCCUAGAGCCCACCGAGUACGACAUCCGGCCGGCCUCCCAGGUGUACUCGGUGAGCAGCCUCCUGGUGUCCAGCCCAAACCUGGGUCCAGGAAAGGCACCACGGCCCCUUGCCCUCAGCGAGAGCACCGUCCGUUCUCUCUCCUGGCAUCACUGCCCUGGCCCAGGGUGCCCCGCAGCAGGCCCUUGCGCGUCCCUGCUCUGCAGCUGUGCCUCUGCAGCCCCCACAGUGCUUCUCUCACCAGCCCAACCCCUGAGCCUUGUCCUGCCCUGUUUUUCCCUCCCCCGCUCCUGGGACCCCCACGCACAUGGCCAUACCUGGACCGGCCAUACCUGGACCUGCCAACAAGCGCCCUGGAGGGCCUGUGGUCAGAAGCCUCUCUCCUCCUCACAGCUCAAACCUAAGCGGGUGGGAGCUGGCUUCCCCAAAGGCUCCUGCCCAUUCCAGACGGCCACCGAGCUGAUGGAGAAGAUGCGGGGCCAGGAGCAAGACCCCCAGCCUGUGCAGGGAGGCACACAGGAGUCACCCAGCCGGCCCUGUGGCCGCCAGGAUGCAGACUGCGCUGAGCCCCUCCCUGGGCCCAGGGGAGAGGCUCUCAGAAGCAGUGCUCAUUGUGGGGGGCCCUCCCCCGAGAAGAAGGCGAAAGGCCCUUCUCGGGGCAGUCCUGCUGCCAAGGCCCGGGUCAACAAGAAGCAGCAGCUCCUGGCCACAGCGGCCCUCAAGGACUCUCAGAACAUUGCCCGCUUCUUCUGCCCAAGGACCGAGAGCCCACCUCCACUCACCUCAGCCCCAGGGGCAGAAGGUGGCAGCCCCUCCCAUGACGGGGUGUGGGGACCCCCGACGGCCCCAGAGACGUGCCCAGGGGAGGAGGAUGGAGCUGUGGGAUGUUUGGCUGCCCACCCCCAGGCUGAGGGGUGCGCCAGGGAGGGGCCAAGUGCUUGCUCACUCAGAGACCAGAGGCCCCCGGAAGGCCAACCCACCCCCACAAAGGAGGCACAGAGAGGCAAGCGGCCCAGACCCCAGCAGGAGAAUCCAGAGAGCCAGGCUCAGAAGAGGCCACGCCCCUCAGCCAAGGCCUCCAUCUUACAUGAGGCCAAGGGCAGCGUCUCAGCCAACGAUCAGGGCAGCUUGAACCCCCAAGGCUCCUACCAGCCCUUGGCUCCUGGCAUCUCCCUGAAGGAGGCUGCAAACGUUGUGGUCAAGUGUCUGACGCCUUUCUACAAGGAGGGCAAGUUUGCAUCCAAGGAGCUGUUCAAAGCCUUCGCCCGCCACCUCUCACACUCGCUGACCCAGAGUCCCUCCCUGGGAAGGAGCGUGAAGGAGGAGGCCCAGGACGCCAUCAAGCAGCUGUUCCACGGCCGCGCCCGCUGUGAAAGUGAAGCUGACUGGCACGGCCUGCGUGGCCCACAGAGAUGACCAAGAGCUGCCCGAUGGGGCCAGCGGCUUCCCUGGACUCCGUCGCGGCCCACCCUGGGCCUCGCUCAGAAACGGGGAAGGUGGGCAGCGUGCUGCCGCCGGGGCAUCGUCUGCUCUCAGGCUCUUUCCCCCUUCCAACCACAGCUUGCUUUGGACACGGGCCUAGAUACCUCCCAAAUCAAGGUCAGAGGCCAGCCCACCUUUCUUUUUGCUUGCAAAGCCUGAGAUCCUCUCUCCCCUAGCCUUCCUGGCCCUCGUGGCUGGGUUCUCCGGGCCAGGUCCCCAGAUUAGAAGGUGGCGGGUGGGGGGGCUGCUGCCCGACGCACAGAAGGAGAGACGGUCCCUCCACCUCUCGUACUUAGCACGUGUUGAGCCGGGGCAAGGCCCGCCCGUCCAAGGCCUUGGGGCCUGCGCAGGGGGAGCCCCUGCUGGCCGCAGGUCCGCCUCCGCUGCCCUCUUCCCUCGUGAUGCCAGCCUCCAGCCUGGCCCAGGCGCAGAGCUCAUGGCAAGAGGGGCAACAGCCAGGCCUGGCUCCCGCUCAGCUCCGGGGCAGGAAGGCCGGGCGGGGCCUCGACAGUUCCCAAAGGAAUAAAGUCCUGAUGGUUCUGACAUGCACGCGUGCA